AUGGCCACAGACGUCCGUGAACGUCACGUGCACGCGCAGGGAGCGCGCGCUCCCGCGGGUGAGGAGAUAGAGCCAAUUACAGCCCGGACAUGCAAACCGGAGAAGAUCCGGGGAGAGACGGAUCCAAAUAAUAACCGGAGGAGGAGGAUAACAAACAUGAGCCGGACCGGAGUCAGAACCGGGUCAGAUCCGGAGUCAGAACCGGGAAGUCGAGUCCGAUCCGACUGCACAGAGGCCAGCAGCACGCUGUGUGUUCCCUGCACAUCUGGAACGUUUAUGGACAAACCAAACGCCAUGAAGCAGUGUGUUCCCUGCAGGAACUGCGAUCCAGUUUUCUGUGUCUCCAUCACUCCGGGUUCAUGUUGCCAGCCCAAAGAGUUCCCCACAGACGACGGACAGUGCUGCCCAAUGUGUAACGAAGGAACCUUUGUCACCAGAGACUGCACGGACCUCCUCAGAACGCAGUGCUCCAACUGUGACCCGGGGACCUUCAUGAACCGGCCCAGCGGCAUGAAGAAGUGUUUCCUGUGCACGCCCUGCGACCCAGGUCGAGGCCUCUUCGUUCGCCGGCCGUGCUCGACGAUGCGCGACACGGUGUGCGGCGUCCAGGACAGAUUCUUCUGCAAAACGGAGGCCGAAAACGGCGGCUGCAGCCAGGCGGAGAGACACUCGCGGUGCGUUCAGGGCCAGAGGACAACAGCAGCCGGAACCUCCAGAGCCGACACGCAGUGCGAGGCCUGUGCGGCCGGCUCUUUCUCCACGGACGGCCUGAACUGCACGCUCUGGACGCAGUGCCCUGAAGGCCAAAUAAAGGUAAAAGAAGGAAGUCUGACCGGUGACGUCGUCUGUAGCAGCGCACACAGGAGCCGUCCUGGGAUAGCUGGGGCUUUUACCGUAUUCGGUCUAAUGGUUAUUGGCGUUUUAAUAAAAGGUCGAGGCCUCUUCGUCAGCCGGCCGUGCUCGACAAUACGUGACACGGUGUGCGGCGUCCAGGACGGAUUCUUCUGCAAAACGGAGGCCGAAAACGGCGGCUGCAGCCAGGCGGAGAGACACUCGCGGUGCGUUCAGGGCCAGAGGACAACAGCACCCGGAACCUCCAGAGCCGACACGCAGUGCGAGGCCUGUGCGGCCGGCUCUUUCUCCACGGACGGCCUGAACUGCACGCUCUGGACGCAGUGCCCUGAAGGCCAAAUAAAGGUGCCCUGA